AAACACUUCUGUUCAGAGACUGUUUACCUAACUCUUCUCCAGGUCUUCUAAGAAAUAUGUUUCGCAAGUAGGCGGAUUUCUUGUGACAUUUUGAUUUCAGUCUACCUUUUGCGGUAUGAUAGAGUCGACGGCGGUUGAAAGAAGUAUUAAAAUGGAGGAUACUGGACCGAGAGAUUUUCAAAAUAGUGACAAGGUAAUCUCGAUGUUAGAAGCUUUGGCUUUCAUUUCAGUGUUUCCAAGGCAUUAUGCUUCAGCGGAAACAAUGUUAUGAGUAUUAUUAACAUGAAUAUGAAAUGGAGCAUGACUGUCGUUCUGUAACUUAUCAGACGUUAAUUUCAGGAUGGAUUAUAAUUGUAGGGAAAUAAGGAGGUUAGUUGAUGCUUUUUGGUUUUAAACUCAAAUGGAUUUUAGAUGAUCUAAACCAAACUGUCAUUGUGUUGUGCAAAUCACAACGACAAUUACUUCUUUUCAUGUUUGAUUGCAACUAUGAGCGUAGUCCAUUGUUGAUAACUUUCCAACCCUUAGUUUGCAAGUCAGUGUUUCUUUCUUCUAAUCCUCUCCUUACAUAAGUAACAGCAACAUUUUUUUAAAAAAGUAAUAAAACAUCAGUAUAAGAAAGCAGUGCGUUGAUAUGGUUUGAAAAAUGUCUCACUACCAAGAUGGGAGUCGAACAAGUCUUCCGGUUGAAAUUUAUCUUUUUAGUGGGUACUUUAUUAAGAAAGAAAUAUCGGUGAACGCGACCAAAAGCAAUUAAAAGCCUUCACAGUUACAAGUUCUGUUAGCAUGCAGAGCGUCUCAAGUGUUCGUUACAAUUAGUUGGGUACUUCAACCGGCGAUAAUCAUAAUAGUGCUUUCAGGUGGAUGUCCCCUCUUAAGAAGACAUCGAAAUAAUAAUAAUAAAAAAAGACAGCAUUUUUUUUGUUGUUUUUUAAUUAUCUAAUAGCUUUAAUUAAAAAUCACUGGAAGGAUUUUGUAAGCUUUUUUUUUUUGCAAAUGACUAGUUUAUUUUCUAUUAGGUCGAGCAUGGUAAUUACUCUUUUGCGCGCGUUAUAUUUUACACCUUAGUGUUAAAUAACAGUCGACAACGCAAUUUUAAACUUAGUGCAAAUUUGAUGUCCUGUUUUAAAAAGAAAAUCGAGAAACACUGUCCUUUGUUUUGCUAAGCAAUUAACAAACUAUUUGAAAACCUUUUAAGUGGUUUUUGGCACUGAGCCACGACCAAGCUUAACUUAAGCUAUACAUUCUUUUCAAUUGCUAUUUUGUUUUGAAUGAAAAAGUUAAGAAGAUUUCAAGAGUAAGGUAUGUCUCUAUUCUAUACUCACUCUAGCUAAUGCGGCGAAAACAUUAGUUUUCACGUUAGGGAAUAAAAUGGGUUAUUCCAAUGAUUCGACGAUUGCCAGGUUAUAAUUUCCGGUAAACACAUACUCCCCGACAUUUCUAUUUGGCUCCGAUAACUGAGUUAUCUUUGGAGUUGCGGAAUGAGACUGAAACUUUAAUUGCGAUUGAACAAGUGCUUCUCUUUGUUGACUUUCUCAUUGUUAAUGUUCGCCAACUUCUCAGUAUGAAGCAAGAAAUGCAGCAUCAGCACCUUGGCAACGAUGAUGGUGCACUCAUGAACAGAUUCAUGUACUAUUCACAUGAGGACGGACCUUGCACUCAACCCUAGGGACUUUGAGGCCAAUUCGCGGCCGCAUACCAAGCAUAUUAGGCCUGUUUCAAACGUUGUGCUACUACCGUGCUAAGCUGGCUCGACUGUAGCUUUACUGCAGCACGACACUAGCACGACUUGGUUUCAGACCUAGAAUUUAAUUCAGUCGAAUAGAACGGCUGUUGCCGAAAACAAAACACAAUAAUAAAGAAACGAUUUAGCAAAACUUUUAAAUGUAUUCUAAUAAAUUUGUAAUUUAUGAAUUGAUUUCGGCACGGCAGUAGCACGACGUUUGAAACCAAGUGGAGCUACUGCCUUGUAGCACGGCAAGGCUUGCCUUGUUACACGGCAGUAGCACGACUUGGUUCCAAACGUCGCGCUACUGCCGUGCUUAAGUCGAAUUUAAUUCGAUCAGUUGAGUUCGGCACGGCAGUAGCACGACGUUUGAAACGGGCCUUAGUUGGAAGACGCACGACCCCAUAAGCAGCAUAGCUUUUAAAAUCAUCGUGCUUAAAUAAAGGCUUUCUGUCUGUCUGUCCGUCUGAUCAAAGAUAACAGACAAGCGAUUAGAAAAAGAAAACAUCUAAGAACAAAAGCAUCCCAAGAAUGAGCAGUGCGUUGAUAUGGUUUGAAAAAUGUCUCACUACCAAGAUGGGUGUUUACAGAACAAUUGUUCCGGUUGAAAUUUAUCUCUUUAGUGUGUACUUCAUUCAAAAAAAUCUCGGUGAACGCGACCAAAAGGAAAUUAAAAGCCACCACACUUAGAAGUUCAAUUUAGCAUGCAGAGCGUCUCAAGUGUUCCUUGCAAUUAGUUGAGUCUUUCAACCGGCGAUAACCAUAAUAGUAUGUUCACAGUGGUUGUCCCGGCUAAAGAAGACAUCGAAUUAACAAAAGAAAAAGAUAGUAUAUAUAUAUAUUUUUUAAUUAUCUAAUAGCUUUAAUUAAAAAUCACUGGAAGGACCUGGAAGGAUUUCUUAGGGUUUUAUUUUCCAUUAGGACAAGCAUGGUAAUAACUAUUUUGCGCCAGUUAUAUUUUACACCUUAGUGUAAAAGAACAGUUGACAACGCAAUUUUCAACUUGGUGCAAAUUUGAUGUCCUAUUUUUUAAAAAAAAACAAGAAAUGCUGUCCUUUGUUUCGCUAAGCAAUUAACAAACCAUUUGAAAACCUUUUAAGUGGUUUUUAGCACUGAGCCACGACCAAGCUUAGCAUAAAAAGCUAUACAUUCUUUUCAAUUGCUAUUUUGUUUUGCCUGACUCCAUAAUCAGAUCUUCCAAGCAAUGUUGAGAAGAUUUCAAGAGUAAGGUAUGCCUCUUUGCUAUUCUCAUGCACUCUAGCUAAUACGGCGAAAACAUUAGUUUUCAUCCAAGAGAUUAAAAUGGGCUAUUCACUGAUUCACGAUUGCCAGGUUAUAAUUACCAGUAAGGCACAUACUCCUCUACAUUUCUUUUUUGGCUCAGAUUGCUGAGUUACCUUUGGAGUUGCGACAUGAGACUGAAACUUUAAUUGCGAUUGGGAUCGGGAGUCGCUGACCAAGUGUUUGCUUGUUGUUUUAGUUUAUAACUAUAGUUUAGCUUUUACCGGGAAAGUUGUUAUUUCACCCCAGAAGCGUGGUGCGAAAACAGUAUGCUUUGAAAAGAGAGUAGAUACUAUAUAGAAAUCAAAAUAUGACGAUGGGGAGAAAAAAAAAUUAUUUGAAUAACACGCUCAUGUUUGACUAAAACUUGAUGAUUUGGUUUGCAUAUAUUUAUUAUUAUUAUUAUUAUUAUUAUUAUUAUUAUUAUUAUUAUCAUCAUCAAAUCUUUGUGAUUUAUGACCGAUUGCAGUGUAGAGGCUCUGUAAUUUUUCACUGCUGUGCUGGGCCAGUUAUUGUUGCGUAAGGAGAGGGGGAUUUUGAGUAACAUGUUAGCAGUAAGGCCGCUCAUUGCGCGCGGUUGUUAUAGGUGAGUCUGGAUGGAAAACGAAAUGGAAAUUAUGCAACUAGCAGCAACCGAUGGUUAGGAAGUGCGGGUGAACAUGUACUUUUACCUUACAGAUGUAAAUGACUAGAACCGCUUUCAAAAUUGUGUACGUGAAUCAGAGAAAGCCCCUUUAGAUCGAGUGUCAACAAAAGGAAUCUUGGCGGAUAUGAACGUAGAAACUGAAUUGAACAAUCAAGUAAACAAGACUCAUAUUUAAUUCAAGGAUUUUACCACCAGUUACUUAGAUACAGUCAACCUGCGAACGGUGAGGAGCGAAGAGAGGGGAGAAACGGCUGUUUUCGCCAGCAAAGAUAAAAUGAAAACGGUAAUGCACAGCCUGAAAAAACAACGCUCAACCUGAAAUGUAUAACGGUCAUGACCGCACGAAGUCUUAUUAUUCAAUCGGUUGUUCAAUCUGUGUUUAAUGGCCAAAAACCGUAGAGUUUGAAAAAGAUUAGUUGAUCUUAGUUUACCACUGAAUUUUAAAGCUUAUUGAAGCUUUCAGAUGACAAGGGACUUAACAUGCUUCAAAACGUAUAAAAAUAUUAAAACCAUUCACUGAAGUGUAACCUGAAUUAACUUUAAUUUUCAUGGAUUUCUAGACUUUGCUAAUACUCCUAUCUUACCGAAGCCUCGUCUCGCACUAAGCUGAAAUCAGGCUCUACUUUCAUAAUGCAAAGCUAAAUUAUGAAAGGGAAACUUAAGUUUAAGCUUAUGAAACCUUUUCGAUGGGAAGAUUCGCACUACCCUCUGCAAGCUGAUAAACAUACUUUGUACCACUAUAAUAGUGACAAAAUAUCAGAGAAAUGGAGAACAAGUGUUUCACUUGAUUUAAAUUGAUUAUAUACUGAAAAUCAAUUCUGACCGUUCUCUUUGUUGACUUUCUCCUUGUUAAUGUUCGCCAACUUCUCAGCAUGCAGCGAGAAAUGCAGUAUCAGCACAGAUUCAUGUUCCAUUCACAUGAGAGCGGACAUUGCACUCAUCAACACUAGGGCCUUCGUGGCCAAUUCGAGGCCACACCGAGUAUAUUGGGGGUGGGGGGGGGGGGGGGGGGGGGGAGGAGGAAGGAAUCCCAAGAAUGUGGACAGAUUUUGCGAAAACCCGCUAUAUACACUUUAAAGUUCCGCUGACCACCGCACCCUUUUGGCUCGUCCGCCAUAACAGUAGAUGUAGUAGUGCAAAUGAUUGGAAGUAUGGUGGUUAGUAAAUUAAUCGCGUUUACAAUUUUAGCAAACUGAGAGCCAAGGGCUGAACUUUCGAGCCGGUGGGCAGACUAAUUUACUAUAGCAAGGUGCAAGAUUGGUUAAUAGAGUGGAACGCUACCUUUAGACCACUCCGUAAUACCAUCACAGUGCUUUGUCCACCUCCUUCCCUCGACCCAAAUUUCAAGCCCCAAACUUAGACUCUUUAAACCAAUUUGUUUUCCUCAAAGCCUUGUUAAGACUACCACCAACGGGCCUUAGAACUUACAGCUCAUAUGCAAUAACAAAUUACCACAUACUGUAUGGGUACUCUAGUUAUCUUAGGUCAUCAAGCUGACAUUUUUACCGUUAACAUAAUCUCUUUUAACUUACUUCCCUGUUUCAGAUUUCCCCUAAGACUCCUUCAGAACAAUGAACAACUCUUCCACGCAAGCUCAAUCAACCCAGGCAGUGCCAUUUAUGAAGUUCACCGAGUUAGUUGCUUGGAGUUGUGCGUUUGGUGUUGUCGAUGUUUUUAUUCUGGUUGGAAAUGUUCUUACGCUAAUAGUCUUCAUUACAAACAAGAAGCUUUUGAGGGUACGAGCCAACUACUUCUUGAUAAACUUAGCUCUAGCUGACAUUUUGGUUGGUACGUCUGCCAUUCCCAUGUAUGUUUACCACUUGAUUUCAGCGUGGUACAAAGGAAGCACUGUUUGGCAGCAACGUUCAUACAAGAUUUACAAGGUGGUGGACGUUUUCGUCGGUUGCGCAUCAAUGUUCACUCUAACUGUUAUUGCUUUGGAAAGAGCCUUUUCGGUUUGCUUGCCUCAUGUCCACCGCCACAUUAAAAACAAAGUCUACUAUAACCUCGUUGGGCUGAUAUGGUUCAUGUCCAUUCUGGUUGCCGUUUUGCGCUUUCUUUUCGAGAACGAAUUGUUAUCGAUAAUUUUUUUCUUCUACUUUUUGCUUGUCUUCUUUGCAAUUGCAUUGUCAAUCAUCUGCAUUUCAUACGCAGUGAUUUGGUUUCGAAUGAAGUUCCGUUUUUCCAGGAGAGACAGCAACAAGCGUUCAAGAGAACAGGACAAAAGACUAGCCAUAAUGCUAUCCACAGUGACCAUGAUAUUUGUGCUCACGUGGCUACCCUUCCAAAUCAUAAAUAUCGUUUCAUUUUUCUGCGAGCCCUGUCGUCAAAUGCCGAACGAGUUGGUUUAUUUCACGAAAUUCUUGCAUUAUGGAAACUCUUGUGUUAACCCUAUAGUCUACUCCUUCCUAGUUCCCGAGUUUAGAAACACAUUAACCAGAUUUUUGAGAAAAUUAAGGACCUAAUGGUGUUUAAGUAAUGGGCGCAUAAUGAUCAUAAUAAUUUGUCUCUUUCCAUUGUUCAUAAGGAAGAGCUUUAAAAUUCCGGCAUGUCUCUUGCUAUGUCAGAACAGUCCACACAAAUACCUGCUACAUACCCAGAUUUGGCAACAUUGUACAUGGACUCAUCACUAUGAACUGCUGACCGUCACGAGCAGUAAGAAUUUAAAGCUUCAAAUUAUGGCAACACUGCUUCAAGAGUAUGAUGCCUCAAGGCAGUUCGAAUGUGAAAAAAAAAUGAACUCUGUAAAACUUAAACUUAUAACAGUCGUUUCCUCCUUGCAAGACUCAGCAGUUUCUGCGUGAUAGUUUUGAAACAAAAAUGAGUAAAUAUGCAAGAACAUGCCACUAGGUAUAGCAACCAUGUUACAAUCAUGGAGCACUUUUUUUCUGCUGUGAUUUUGGAGGAAGUUGGAUGUUAAUGCACAAUACUUGAGACAGACAAUAAAAAACAAGGGCCAGUGCCAUUUUGAUUUCCACUUUUGUGUCGAUUUUAUUCUCCACUAUUAAAUUUUCCUUACCGUGGAGCCUUAGGCCCCGUUAAUAUGGAGAAAAGUUGUCCCAGGUAGACAUAGAAGGGUCACCUGCCUAGCCGAGCUACAAUGGGCGAAUCAACUUAGUUUCCUGUAUCUCCUUACAAAACGUCACGUGAAAAGCCAUUUAGAUGACAAACAAAACGUUUGCUAAGCUAGAAGGGUGAGUCGUGUAGCCAGGUCACUCUUUUGUGAUGGUGGGGUCCUAGUCGGGCCAACCUUUCUCCACUUCGGAACGCCCAGCCGGGUCAACUCGGUCAAGGUGAGACAAUCAGAGCAUGCGCGAGCGCCGUUGGAUCGGGCAGAGGUGUCAACUUUUUUCUCAUAUAAACGUUCACUAUAAAGUUGACUCGCCUGGGAGGGUGACCCUUCUCCCCGGGAAACGUUUUCUCCAUAUAUUCAGGGCCAUACUAGUAUAAGCGACAAAAAUGUGCAGUAUAGUUUUUAUCCAGGGGGAGAGGAGAAGGAGAGAAAAUCCAACGCCCGCCCCGCCUUGUCGAUUGGUAAGCGCUCGAAAUCCGUACAAUUGCGCUCUAGCUUACACGACUUGACAUCUACGUCUUAUUCCGCACAGUGCAUAAAAACUCAAUGUAGAAGGAAGAUGGAAAUAGGGAACGUUUUCUCAAGAAUGAUAUCACCCCAAAAAGCUCACGAAAAUAAGGACUGACAUGAUAUCAGAUGAAAGCUCGCUGUACUAAUUUAUAUUACAGUAGGAGAAAAAGAAAGUUAUGAACCGCAUACUAAUAAUAAAGGAAACAGCUGAGGAAACAAAUAUCUCGACAACACACUUAGGCUAUGUUCACACUAUACCGGAUAGCUUUUGGGCCGCCAAGAAAAUCAUCCCGGAUAAAGAGGGCUUCUGUUCAAACACUGAGAACGGUGAUUUCGGCUGGAUUUCUAUGACGGAGCGAAGCUGCGCCGCGCCGAUCACGAAAGUGGAGCGUCACCUAUCGGAUAGUCUCUGCGCCUCACUUUGGUGCAGUAUGUCUACCUAUUCGGACCGUCGCGGAAGUAAAAGAGUAGGGGUGAGGAAGGUGAUUUCGGCUGGAUUUCUAUGACGGAGCGAAGCUGCGCCGCGCCGAUCACGAAAGUGGAGCGUCACCUAUCGGAUAGUCUUUUUCGCCUCACUUUGGUGCAGUGUGUCCACCUAUUCGGACCGUCGCGGAAGUAAAAGAGUAGGAGUGAGGACUGGAAUUUUGUGCACCAAACCCUCUCGGCCAACCGCCCCGGCACGAGGUUCCAUGUGUGUGAACGACUUGUGCCGCCCCGGGCCGUUGCUGUUCAUAUUAUACCGGUAUUGUGUGAAAAUAGACCUGCAGUUAAAGAGAUUGAUAUGAAUUAAGAACCAUAAACUCGGCAAUCGAGGCAGAAUUAUCAUGCCUGUAUUAAACUUCUAUGUGAUAAGUAUGAAUAAAACCUCUUCCAGUCAACGGUAUUCGCAGCGUACUUUAGACAAAAAUCGCAAGUGUUUCUUGUUGGAUUCACGGGUCCCUCAACGAAGACAACGGGUCCCGCGGCUUAACUCGCAGCAUAUAUCCAAAGUGUACAUCUAAGCGUAGGAAAACCACAAAAAAGCUAAUUUGAACAGAUGAAGACAUUAACAUACAAUACAAUACAAUACAAUAGCAUACUCUCUUACGAUUAGGUUAGCAAGCUUUUGCGAUACUGACCUCAGCUCCGCCCUCUUCGCGUGGCGAACCGUCAAUAAUCUGGUGAAAGCACUCGAAGAACUCACCGUUGCUAUUUGACGUCCCACUGGCACGCGGAGUCAAGAUAUGGAAUCGGAGGGCGAGAUAGUCGCCCCCAUCCUCCUGAUCUAAAUGAUUUUGGGGGAAAAAGAGACUUUGAGCAGUCUAUGGUGAAUUUUCCAUACAAAGUCUACAAAGCUAUAAAAAGGACAUAUUUUAUUUCCUCAGUCUGUGAUCCUUUCUAUUCUCCUUUGCAACUUAAGGCAGUUGUCAUUUUUGCCCUAAUCAAGUCAAUCCUGAAUAAUUACUUUACGCAAAUAGUCUGGUGAGGCAGACAUUACUGCGAUAGAUAUCGAUAAAAAAUAUACUUUCAUUAUUAAUUUAUAAUUCUUAAUGAUUUCAACAUCCUUUUCAACAGCUACUCUGGUACAAUGCUACAAACAAGCCGUAAGAAAGAAAUCUUGUUAUAUUCACACACGUCUGAUAUCUGAGCUUAGUCUUUUAGGAUAUCUAAUACAUCUGUACGUGCCCGAGGCCAUUUAAAGGGCGCUAGAGCCAUCGUUCAUCCGGCUAGUGAAUCUAACUUACAGAGUCAUGCAAAUUAACUGGUAUCAAUCAUCUUGUGUUUUUAUUAAUUUGAUUUUAAUUAUAGAACCGUACUUCAAUGUACGAUAGUGAAAAUUCUAAGUCAGUAAUAAUGAAUAGGUCGAAUAGGAUAGGUCACUAACUCAUGGGUCCAAAUCCAUCAACAAAUAGACUAAUAUAUAAACUAUUACCGAAUCCUCUUAAUACUGACUCACGAUUUCCGUUGUAUAUCAAAUUUAUGCCUUCUGGAUGUGACUGAAUUGCAUCAACUCAAUAUUGUUUGUUGACCCAUAUAUAACGCUAUUGUUAGGUUAACGAUAUACAAAAUUUCAAGGAAUUCGAAUCCAUGCUGGUUUUGUGGUCACUUGAAAGCGACCAUGGCGGCCCCAAAACUCUCUUCAAGGACUGACAGAUACGGCGCAUCUUUGGAAAUUCUGUAAAAACCGUCUGAGUAAGGCAAACUGAAGAGCCGAGUGAAGUUCGGUUCAAAGGAAAUUGUGAGACAACCUAAGGUGAGGGCAGUUUGCACCUGAUUGGCCUUGCUCUGAAGAACAUUAGCUAACAUUGAUGUUAUGUGAGUUAAUAGAGCAUUUGGUGGUUGUUGAUUUUUCCAACAUGAAUAUGUUCCUCCUUAGCGUAGUUUGGGUGUCUCUAAGAAACAGUAGUGUAGCCGCUUUUGUUCUUCUGGGAAUUGACGUACAUGAACACGAAGCAAUAAAGUAAAUGGAGCUUGAUCGCCCAUAUACAUCACAAUCAACAUAUAAAAACUUGACACGGUAAAUGGCCGGACAUUCAAUGUCUGAAAUGCUGAAGUGAUUUUCAUACGGGGUUUUUGUUGUUAGGUUUAUUCUUAGCUAUGUCUUAAAAUGCAAUGUGAUCGUAUAUCCUUUUUCAGUAUAACUAUAAUAUUUUGCCGCGGGCUAUUAGUAUAAUGAAAUUAGAUAGAAUAUGCACGCGACACGGUUUGUUCUUGUAAUUUAACAAACGACUAGCGAUCCUAACCAAGUUCAUGGAGUUUAUGUGAGCGAGCAAUUCGCUGAUUUGAAGAGAAACUGUAAACCAGGAAACAUAUCUACCAUUUAUCCUCUCAUUCCUUGCCAGUUGAGGAAAUUAAAAGUAAAAGAGUUGUAACGUAUCAGUUGAACAAGAAAAGGUGACACAUGAAGUUCCCUUGAGUUUUUAAAAUGAAAUUUUGAAUUGAUGGACUAGAGAAUUCUCACUAGAUCAUUCUUAGUGACUCCACUCAUCAACUUUCUUAAUCGAGACAUUUUCCUAAACGCCAUCUCUCCAAUUCAGUGUCAAGCCCUCUCCAAUUUCUUUUGUGCAAACUAGAAAUACCCUAGAAAGCAGUUUACUUAAUGGAAGUGAAUUGCAUGUUUUUUUUUCUGUGAGAAAUGUGAUAAAUAAUUGCUCUACGUCAAUGAAAGUACUACAGACGUGACGGCAUUGAUACUUGUAUGGACAAAUGCAUCCUUUAAAACUUGUACUGUGACCUUGAUUGAUGUACUUUUUUAAAAAGAAUAUCAGUUUUCGCCAGAUCAAUUACGUCUAUUCCAUGCAGACACGAUUUCACCACUUAGCAAAAAAUAAAUGAUUGUCAAUGGGUUAGGAAUGCAACCAAUGCUCUGGGAACAGCUAACGUAUCGGUUAUGUGAUAAUUCAUUAGUUUUCACCAGAUCUAAUUAGUGCACACGUCACGUAUGCACUGUGAAGUCUCGACUCCGUCCCAGUUAGUUAAUUGAAACUAGUAUAGUAGGUCAGGAGAUAUACUACAGGGAUAUGAUAUACUUGACCCUGGAAAAGGGUACACCAAAAUCAUAAAUUAUCGGAAUCAGUAUUUUUGCCUGCCCUGCUCUCCAUCUGAAUCCCGUUUUUGGGUGUGGCUCAAAUUUGAUGUUAAUUCAAAGAGGAACAAAUUCCAAGAGACAAAUAUCGCAGAACUCGGACAAUUUCAACGAAACUGCUGUAGGCGAUACGUUUUGAAUGAAUAGAUUAUCAUCAUUCGAAUUCGGUAUUUUUAGAUUUUAGCGCCCUUUAAUAUUUAUAGCGGUACAAAUAUUUUGAAAUCUAAAGGAUCACAAACACAACCGGCAUUUUCAUGAUGAAACAAAAAGACCAGAAAGAUAUUCAGGUUAUAAAAUUAUUUAUGAAAUUUUAUUGGAAAAGACACGGUAUAACUUACUUUAGUUAUAAUAAGCACAUUUUCCUAAUUCAGAUUCCACAGUUCUUAGUAGUUUAUCAAUGAGUAACUAGGCUAUGAAUUCAGAAUGUUAUUUUGAGUGAAAUAAUUCCUCCUCUCUUUUUCGAUCAUCCAAAGAAAGGAAAAAUGAACUAGGCUUUACAAAUAUAAUUAGAGCUAACAUAUAGACGGUACCCAAUGUUACACCACAUGUGGACCUUUCGUUUACAAUUGUAAUCAGGUGAACAAACACAGGUAUGGAUACUGUCAUGAAUGUUCUUUUAAACCAGUCUAUCCGAAUUAACAUAACAUGUUCAGUUGCAAAAAGGGAUCUGAUUAAACUUUUUCUUUAUUUACAAUCAUACAUUUUACCGUUAGAAUCACCGUAUGAGGAAAAUUAGUCUGGUUAUUCGUUUGUGUGUGUGUAUGAUAAGGACAGUUCACAGUUAAGUACUAUAUUUUUUUGAAUUGUUAUUUUCACAGAGUGAUCAUGAAUACUUCAGUCACUACUGAUAGCGAGGAAGGAGAAGGCAGUUCUUCAAGUUAUGAAGUCAUUCUGUGGUGCGCAGUGUUCAUAUUUACAUCUAUCACGGUUCUUUUUGGAAACACUCUAGCUAUCGCUGUUUUUGUUGGCAAGAAGUUACUACGCAAGAGAAGUAAUAUACUACUACUGAAUUUAGCCACCGCCGAUCUAGUUAUUGGCGGUGUUGCUAUACCUAUGUACGUUUACAUUUUUUACAAAUCCCAUAAAGCAGAUCAAUGGGAAAGCAGGAUCGUUAAUGAAGUGUACCUAUGCGUAGAUAUAUUUGCUGGACUGUCAUCCAUGUUACUUUUGGUGGUUACUGCUUUGGAAAGAGUCUACUCGAUUUUUUUUCCUUUUAGCCAUAGGUGUACUUCCAGACAAUUUUACUGGCUUUCAGCUUGCUCUGCUUGGAUAAUUGCCGGUUGCGUUGCUUGUCUCAAGCUCCUCUUUUCAAGGAGAGUAAUACCUCCUUCGUAUGAUAACUACAUAAUUGUGACUGUAGUUUCUUUGGCGAUUUUGACUAUGUCAGCCUCUUAUGUAGCUAUUUGGAGCAGGCUACAAUGUCGCAGGAAGAACAGUAGUGUAAUCGUGCAAGAGAAGCCCGUGGCGAUGGCAAUGUUAAUAGUCACCAUUGCCUUUCUAGGAAUGUGGUUACCAAUAUAUUUCAUAAACCUGAUUGGCAGUUUUGACAGUCGGUCGGUUCUUGCCAUCCCCUUAAACGCGAUUUACUUUGCCAAGCUUUUACAGUAUUGCAACUCUGUUGUUAAUCCUAUUAUAUACUCCCUAAAGCUCCCGCAGUUCCGCAAAGCCUUGGAUAGACUUCGUCAUAAAAGUUCUGUUAGAACAGAACACAGAACACAGAACGAUAGGCCCUUAAUAUAA